GCGGGUACUGGGGGAUCGAACUCAGGUCCUUUCGCUUACGACAAGGCAGGCAGCGGAACCACUGAGCUAAAUCCUCAGCCCUAUGUUCCCACUCAGAUUGCUGUGUUGGAACUGAGUCUCCAGAGCGGGGCUGCUUGGAGGUGGGGCCUCUGAGAGGCCAUUAGUGUCCUUGUAAAACAGGGCCCAGAUUAGGGCCUGCAGGAGACUGGGGCCUCAGAGAGAUCUCUCAACCCUUCCUUGGCCUUUGUGAAGGAAGCCCUUAGUGGAUUCUGAAUCCAUUGGCAUUUUGAUCUUAGAUUUCCCAGCUUCCCAAAGUGUGUGAAAUAAAUGUCUAUUGUUCAUAAGCAUCCCAGUCUAUGGUGUUUUGCUAGAGCACCCUGAACAAACAACUGGAAUGGCCAUUUUUUUUUUUUUUUUGAGACAGGGUCUUGCUAUGUAGUUCAGGCUGGCCUUGAACUCACUAUGUUGCCCAGAUUGGCCUUGAACUCACCUUGAUCCUCCUGGAAUUGCAAGUGUGUGGCUGAUCUUAUUUAAUUAUUUAUUUUUUGUACCGGGGAUAAAACUCAGGACCAAACUCGGGACCUUAUGCUUUCGAGGCAGUCGGCAGCACCACUGAGCUAAAUCCCCAGCCCUGGCUGAUCUUAUUUUUAAGGAAGUGCCUUCUCAAUUUAUAUGUUGUACAGAUUUGCAGAACAAUAUAAUUAAUGAGUGUACAGGCCCCUGAAUCAGUUAAGCUGGGUUCAGAUUGUGGCUCCACCAUUUGCUGUGUGAUCUUAAUUUCUAUUUGAUUCAGUUCCUUCUGAGGCAAAGUAAAGUGGAGGUCAUAAUAUCAUCUCACAGCAUCCUUGUGAGAAUGAAAUGAGGCAAGACACAUUUAAGUUUGCAAAUGUCUGGUAUACAGAAAGCACUAAAUAAAUGUAAUAUAAUAAAUAUAUAUCUAUAUGAAUGAAAGUAGAACUCUGGAAAAUAAACUUCAAAAGAUUAACAGGAUAUAUUUCAUAUAUUUUCCAGCAUUUACUGUCAUUAGUAUUUGACUAUAUGAGUUUACAUUUGGACUUGUGUUAAACUUAUCUCCUGGAAAAUAAAAAUUACCUCAUAGGUUUUCAUGGCAUUUUCUAUGGUUUUUUUUCAUAGAAUCAUAACUGAUGUACAUAGAAUCAUUACUGAUGUAACUUUUUCUAUGAAGUGAGUUUUACUGCAAAAUGCCAGCAGAACAGGCUCAACUGUAUACAAGUGUACAAUAUUCUAACUUGCCCACAUUGUAAGAUAUGAUUCAUAAUGACAGUCUGUAUCUACCCAACUCAAAUGCCAGCAGUCACAUUAUUUACUUUGGUAAAACCUUUUAAUGUUUUCAUUCAAAUUUAAACUAAAUCAUCAGGUUUCAUUAAAACAUUCUAUGAGAUACUCAUAGAUGCCAGAGAAGCUGCUACUAUACAGUCAGUGUAGAUAGGAUAACGCUCACCUUCAAGAAAGUUAAAAAGUAGGGGAUAGACGAAUACGAAAUUGGAUGGCAAAGGUCAUAAGAACUACGGAAAGCUUGAGGCCCAUCAGAAUGGUAAGAUAGUUAAAGAAGGUAAUACACAGGAGAUGGGAGGAGGCAACUUAUGUACCACCAUGGUCAGUUUAACUUCUCAGUGCUUCCUGAGUCCCUGCUAAUGAAAUAUAAAGCAUUUUAAAUGCCUUACUGCAUGCACUGAGUGUUUAAAAAGGGGCAGCUGUUCGAAGUGGAGUGAUUCAGCUGACAGGAAUAAUGAAAGCUGGAGACAGAUCUGUUUCCAGUAGAACAAAAUUUGAUACACUAAAAAAAGUGCACAUGUACUUUAAAAUUUUCUAUAUAAUUUUAUAAUAGCAAAAAAAAUUUCCCUUCUGCAUUACAAAGUAAAUUUCAGCAGUUUGUUGCUUGUCUGCAUUUUGGCUCAGGUUUAAUCCAGGAGAGUUCUUCAGUGCAAAGAUUCUUUAGAAAAAGAAAUCAGUAAUGUGAUAGAAUAACUCAGUUGCAAAGUCAAUUAUAGCACACAGUUAACUUGUUUUACAAAGAUCAAUCAGUAGAUUAAUUUCAUCCCAGUAAGGCAUAAAGAGGACUCAGAGGAAAGUAGAGAGAAGAGUAAUUGCUACCUGUUGAGUAAAUCUUGUUAGCACAUGUUUAUAGGAUUAACUAAUUAGCUGGAAGUCAAUAAAGAGAUCAGUCUGGACACCAUGUCCUUGAGUAGGGUAACUGGAGCUAUCCUCUUCGUUCCCAUAAAAAAGAAUGUGGCUAAACAGCUACACUCUAUUGUCUGCCCUCAAUUUUCCACCUUUAUUCUUACUUGAAGCAGGUCUACACUAUCUCCCUCACUAGAAGUCUUAGAAUACAUGCUGAUUUUUUUGGUAAAUCCUCAUUUCUGAGCCUUUGUUUGACUGAGAUCAUGCUCUGGGUUGUUCAUGAUGGACUUUCUAUUGCAAAGAGAAAUAGUUUGCUUUAAUAGGAAUUUAAGAUGUUAAACACAAAAUAUGCAAAAUUUAAGUUUCACUUUGCUUUUGCCUUUUUCUUAAAGAUUAAUACCAGCAUUCCCAUACUUCCAAAAACUAAUAGUAGUAUUAUCUUUUCAAAUGAAUUCUCUGAACUGACUUGAAUAGCUAGCUAAAGUUUCUUAAUUUUUUAAGUAAUAUUUAAAAGAGAAAGAAGGGUAGAUGCAUGCAAAUAGCUGAUAAUUCCUUCUGUCCUUGCUGGCUUCCCUGGCCACAGUCAUUAUGAAGCAGAAACUACUACUCUAAGAUUGUAACUUGAGGAAAAACAACAUGUAAUAGGUAUCAUUUUGGAAAUUAAAUCCUCUGAGAUUAUAUUUCUUCCAGUAAUGCCUAAAGGUCAAUUUUGUGCAUGUGUUGUGUGUAGCCACCUCUAAGUAAGGAAAAACAUUUUGUCACUCAUAUUAAAAGUGAAGAGGAAACAUCGCUCACUUGAUUCACAGACGUUGGCUAAAGUAUGAAAACUUUAAAAUCUGUAAGGAAGUUGAAAUAAUACAUAUUUAUUAUGUCUUCAGGAUGAGAGAAGUUUUUCUUUCAGGUGUUCCUAUUUUUAAAAAUCAUGACAGCAUAGCAACACUUCACUUCUCUAUAAAAAUCAAAUUCUGUUUAUCUCAAUUGUUUAGUAAUAGCUACGAAUUUGUAUUUUUAAAGAAGGAAGGAUUGGGAGUUGGUAAUCCAUUUUUCAAUUCAUGAGAAGCCCUAUGGUCUGACUUGAACAGACAGUAUCUAACCUUUUUUUAGGUAAAUAUUUUAGGAGAGAAUAGCUUAGGUACCUUAGAAGUUCAGAGGCUGAGAAAUCCACAUUAACACAGCUCUUGUAUGCUUGAGUUUGGUCUACAUUCAUUUAUAAGUCAAUUUUUUUCCACAUUGAUUAAAGUGAUAACAUUUUGUUAGGACACAAAGGAAUACGCUUGAUUGGCAAGCAGAAUCAUCCUAGCAGCGAGUUCUCACGAGACUGUCCCUGACGUCAUCGGUUGCCACGGUAACCUAGAGGAAAAGGGGUGGUUCUAGGGGCACUUUGCGGCCCCGCGCGGCUUCAGCAGAACGAGAGGAGGGCUGUUCUGCAAGUCUGACUGUCGCCAAGAUGAGUGGCCUGGAUGGGGGCAACAAACUUCCUCCCGCCGAAAGCGCUACUCCUGAGCACUCCCCAGAAGAUCUGGACCUGAGCCAGAGCCGGGGGCUCAGUGCAGAGGGGGAGGCCGCCCGGGCAAUGGUGCACGGAGGUGAGGGCCGCACGCAGGCCGCCGUGGAGGGGGGCGCGUCCGGGGGUGCGGCGGACCCCGGGCCCAUGCUCUGCGUCCCGGGGCCUGGGAGUCGCGGCCUGGCGGCGACCAGGGCUAAACCAGAAGGUGCCUUGCCUCCUUUUGAGGGUCCGGAAGCAACCUCGGACUCUGUGGCGGCUGACAACGGCCAGAAAAAUGGCUGUCAGCUUCUAGGGCCGCGCAUCCCCUCAGGAAAGAAGGCUCCAGAAGCCGCUGGCCCAGGGACUUCGGGGUCUCAGAUGAUGCCUGGAGCGAAGGCCAAGGAAAUGACGACUAAGAAGUGCGCCAUCCCAGCAUCUUCGGAAAAGGAGGGAAACACAGAGCCGGUGAUGGAGGAAAAGGUGGUACAGAAAGAAAAAAAGAUGAUUGGAGAAGGAAAAGAGGAGACAAGGCCCAGGACCCCAAAGAUCAAUACCUGCAUGGACUCACUGGAGGCCAUCGAUCAGGAGUUGUCGAAUGUAAACGCCCAGGCUGACAGGGCCUUUCUGCAGCUGGAGCGCAAAUUUGGCCGGAUGCGGAGACUCCAUAUGCAGCGCAGGAGCUUCAUCAUCCAGAAUAUCCCAGGGUUCUGGGUCACAGCUUUUCGGAACCACCCCCAUCUGUCUCCUAUGAUCAGUGGCCAAGAUGAAGAUAUGAUGAGGUACAUGAUCAAUUUGGAGGUGGAGGAGCUUAAACACCCUAGAGCAGGCUGCAAAUUCAAGUUCAUCUUUCACAGCAACCCCUACUUCCGCAACGAGGGCCUGGUCAAGGAAUAUGAGCGCAGGUCCUCUGGCCGUGUGGUGUCUCUUUCCACGCCAAUCCGCUGGCACCGGGGCCAAGACCCCCAGGCCCAUAUCCAUCGGAAUCGGGAAGGGAACACUGUCCCCAGUUUCUUCAACUGGUUCUCAGACCACAGCCUCUUAGAAUUCGACAGAAUCGCUGAGAUUAUCAAAGGGGAACUGUGGUCCAAUCCCUUGCAAUACUACCUGAUGGGUGAAGGGCCCCGCAGAGGAAUUCGAGGUGCACCAAGGCAGCCUGUGGAGAGCCCCAGAUCUUUCAGAUUCCAGUCUGGCUAACUUCUGUCCCUUUGAGAAGCUCCCGCACAAAUUUUCUUACCAGCUCCCAUGCUUGGCCAGCAUGAUGCAGCCUUUCUCUUUGUCCUGGAUAUUUUGGCCAUUGGUUCUUCUAAAUCUUUAGCAGUGGCAUUUGUCGCUUACCUGCCUCUGGGACUUCCUGUUGUUCUGCAUUUUAACAUGUUCCACAUGCGUGGCCUGUUUUUUUCUGUGCCAAGGUCACGAUGCUGUAGAUACUACUGCCUUCCUUUGCAUGGCUUGGGUACUGUCUGUGACCAUGGUCUUCUCCCAGUGUUGUAAGUGGUUGUCUACCACAAGGAAGUUUGGUACAUCUUUGCAAAUAACUAGGCAGGCUUCAUACUUUAAGCUGGUUGUGCUCCUGAUAGCCAUAUAUUGUAACAUACUCUUUUGAGUUUCACCACUGCAAGGUGAAACUGAUAUCCCACCCAGGUGCCAUCAACCCAAACCGAGCAUUCUGGCUACCAGGAUCUGUAUCCCAGCUGCCCUCUAGGCCUUUGCUGUCCUCCCUGCUGGUCAUCUGGUAGGAUAACCAGGUGUUUGGUGACUACUACACGAGUGAGGUAAUAGAUGAAGUGUUUUAUGAUAUUACAUUGUUUUUCCCCUUUGGUUACUGUACAUCAUGAUCAACUUCUGGUGAGUAUGAAGGCUUGUGCUCUAAUGCACACCUAUUUCUUUCCUGGUUGAGCAUUGCAUAGGUCACCAUUGUCUUCCUCCACCUCAUGAUUACCCAUCAACCCAAGUGGCAGUGCCCAAAUCAAGACAGGAAUGGGUUCCUUCCAGCAGUUAGCCUUUUUGAGCUCUGGCCUACAAACUAUCCUUAAUACAGGCAGCUUUGGACAAACCUCUUAACCCCUUCCAUGCCCAUGCUGAAUGGAGCUGUUGCCAGUGGGGCCACUGAGGUUCCUCUGGAACAUGGAUGAGGCUUGUUACAUCUUUCUCACUCUUUUCCCUCUCCCUUUCUUUGUGACAUUUACAGCUCAGAGUCAGAAAACAUAGCUGACAAAGCAGGGUUUUAGUUUACUUGCUCUCCCCUUGGUUGUGUCCAGAAUGUAAAAUAGAUUGCAAAUCUCUUAACGCCCCCAUUCCUGUCCUCCAUUUCUUUUAGCAAGGUCUUAAAAGUAUCAAAGGGAGACCUGUAGGUUAAUUGUUUAAUAUUAAUUUUUUUAAGGAUAACACCACCCUUUCCUAUCCAUUCCAUCAAAUCCUGUUUCUUGAGCUUUAGUUUGAGAAGUUGAGAGGGAGAGGACCUCAGCGAUGGGUUCCAGACCCUGAGCAGAAUGUGCCGAAGCAACUAUAACUUCACCUAAGAGGGGAAUUCUUUUGGGGGCUUUGGACUCUAUAGAGAAAAUCCUACAGCAAUUUCUCAGCCAUCCCUGUUCUCUAUUAUAAAUUACCGCCCUGUAAUCCCAAAAGGCUCCUUUAUACUAUCUGGCCUUCUUGGCCCUCAUUUCUCAUCUUCUGAAUUUGUUUCCCUACUUUUAUCCUAACAUGUAAGGGUCCGGGCUGCAGUCAGUGUAGGAGAUCCAAGCUUUCCUGGGGCAUAAGGGGGUAUGUGGAGUCUGCAUUUCCAGGAAGAGUUCCAGUAGGUGGAAUAGCAGUGCUGUCAGGGCUGCCUUGGAUGGGAGGAUGUACAAUCAUGGUGAUAAACAUGAGCUGCUCGUGAUUUCCCCUUUUUUGAAGGCUUUGCCUUAAUAAACUCCCUGAAGGCUUAAGGAAGUCUGGACGCAACCAAUGGAGGGGGUGCUCUAGCUAAGUAGCCCCAGAAGCUGAAAUGAGCUCAGGCUUUGCAAGGAUCCCAGAACACACUAAAACCCUGCAGGAUCAGUGAUGGGAGGGAGGCCUCUGAGGCACCUCACAGGUACAGCCGGCUGGAAAAUCAAAGGGUAAAGGUUUAAAUGGGAUGCCUGGAGAAUUUUCUUCCAAUUUUUCCCUAAUUCCUUGAAUUCACCAAUAGAUUUUUGUAAACAAAUGUUCAAGCCUGGAUGUUUUCUCUUAUUCUGAGUGACCUUUGUAUAUGUUCAAGAUUAAUGGUAUAUACUCACUUCACUGAGUAAAAUCCUAUUACUUCCUUUCUCCAUUACAGCCUACUGGCAAAAUUGUUUUCAGGGCUGUUUUUUGCUUGUCAUGGAAAACAUGUGCAAAAAUAUCAAAUUAGUGUCCUGUGCAGUAUGAAGACUUCUGUGAAUAUUCAUGAAUAGUUUGUUCUGGUCUCUUCAUACAGCUUUAUUCUUAGCAGUACCAUUUGAAUGUGAUCUUUGAAGAGUGAAGAUUUUGUAAAUUGUUUCUAUGUCUUGUGAAAAUAAUUCAAAAACUAUUCUGUCUUGAGAUCCUUUGCCUUAGUAAUAAUGUACUUGACAUUUAUGUUCUUAACCAGCAUAAAUACUAGCAGAAUUGCUGUCCAACUAAAAGAAAUCAUUAGUUCUUCUAUCUUCUCUUAUGUGCUGGACAGUAAAAUGUCACUGCUAUUUUUACCAAAAAAGAAUAAUGAAUAAAAAGUUGUGUUGUCCAGAUUUAUAAAAGAUUGGAAAAUCAUUAAAAUUAUCAAAUAGUCACAGGGAAAUUAUGAAGCUUGACACUACUUCUCAAGGGCCUUAGAAGACCAAAGUGGUAAUACUUCUUUCAUGCCCAGAGGAUGACAGCAUCUCCUAACUGGUUUGGAGGUCUGCAUAAAGAGUAAGGUCCACAACAGAGGAAGAAGAACAAGGCAUUACAGACAGAGUAGAGCAGGACUUUUGGAGUGAACUGAAUGGUCGGUAAAUGAAACAAGAUGUCUAAUGGCCUGAGUUAAUGAUAAUUAGUAGAUUAUUUACCUUUCAAAGAUUUAUGGUUUAUUAACAAACCAUUAACAAAUCUUUUAUAACAGAUUUAUUUGUUACCAUGUUUUUCUAGAUAAAUUUCAGUCUUAAUAUUUCAGGUACUCUUUUGUUUGUUUUUUUGGUACCGGGGAUUGAACUCGGGUCCUUGGCUUGAGAGGUAGGCAGCAGAACCACUGAGCUAAAUCCCCGGCCCUUCAGGUACUCUUUCUAAAGCACCACACAGCUUUAGGAAAACAAUUUAAGUAGCACUCACAGAAUCUAGUGAUUUAUUCCUCCAAAAAUCUAUCUCAGGCUCCUUAAAAGAAUGAGACCUAGAGGAGUUUAGUUAACAUAAAUGUAGUAUACAAGCCAUCCACUGUGGUGCAUGCCUGUAAUUCCAGCACUGGGGAAGCUGAGGCAAGAGGAUCACCAUGAGUUCUAGGCCAGCCUGGACUACAUUGUGAGUUCAGGGCCAGCCUGAACUGCAAAGCAAGACCCUGUCUCCAACGAAAAAAAGAAAAGUAGUAAACAAAGAUGAUGUUUAGAAAAUACUUUUCCACAAAACUGUUUUAAGUGGUAAAAAAUACAGGUGUUUUCUUUACUGCCAAAACUGUACUGGUUGUGUUGGAACAAUUUUCCUGCUUUCUUAACUUCAAACAACUAUUAAAGAAUAAGCUGCCUUU